UUAUUUUUUUCUCCUGUCGCACGCACUUUAAAGUGCACCCAAGGACCUAUUUUCAUGCUGUCCUUUUUGUUCUGUUAAUUUUUAUACGUGAUCUUUAGAUAGGUUGGGUUAUGGCUUCCUGCGUGGGCGGAGUUGCAUGCAAGUUGACCUACUCGGCUCGGUUCACUUCAGGCAUGGAGCAAUUAAAAAGCUGAUUGUGUGUGCAGACAAUCGGCGGCCUGCAGGGGCUCGGGCAUCCUCGGAAGAAGAAAAAGAGGAGGAGAAAAAAAGAAAAAGGAGGGUGCAAAGAAGCUGACUUGUGGAAUUUGAGUCCUGCUCAAAAGAGGCGGAGGAAGAAGGAGAAGAAGGAGGGAGUGGAGGAAUCUACGCGCACUUCAAGCACUCGCUCCUAAAAGUUGACUUGGACUUCUUUUUCAUUCUUAUUUUUAAAUCAAAUUUUGGGGUUGAGAAUUGGGACUCGGUCGGACUACUUUCUCCCACUUGUCAAAACAUGAAGAGGAGAUGAUGGCGCCACAACGCGCGAUGACCCUUUUGAAAAAGAAGCCCACUUUCCGAGGAGAACCGUUUGGCUGGUUGCUGUCGCUGGUGGUGGUCGUCUGUGUCCCGAACGAGGUGUUCUGCCUGCGAGAUUUGGAGUUUGAGAAACAACUAGCCACCGUUAUCUCAUCGGUGGGCAAACCCGUGAGGCUGGAAUGCGGCCUGUUAGCCACGUUAGACGACGACGAAAUUCCCCCCAACGUGUACUGGAUGAAAGACGGCGCUCCACUGGCCUUCGUGGAAAACGACGACUACCAAAUGCUGGUUUUUGGAACGGACCGCUGGAUCGUUCACAGCACCCUCAGGAUUAAAAGUGUCCAGCUUUCCGACAUGGGCACCUAUCAGUGUGCGGCAGAUGUAGAAGGCCAGCAGAUUUUGUCCACGGAAGGCAGCAUCCUGCUGGAAGGUCUUGCUCACUUCUCCACCGAGCCGCAGCACAUGUCCGUGGUUGCCAACGAGAGCUUUAGCCUACACUGCGUGGCCCACGGGCCGCCAGAACCGGUCCACAUCAUCUGGUUACAAGACGGCGCUCCUCUCAACACUGUUGACGACCCAGUGGCCCUGUCGCCCUCCACGCUCAACAUCACGGGUUUGAACCGGACUAGCAGUUUCUCCUGCGAGGCCCAGAACCGUAAGGGCGUUGCUGCCUCCGGCUCCGGCACUGUCACCGUACUACCGGCCGCACCUCACCACCUGCGAGCCACCAACAUCACCCCCACCGGCCUGCGUUUGUCAUGGCAACCGGGCUUCGGCGGCGUCUACCCGGUUGUCCGCUGCACUAUUCAGGUCAAAAUUCUGGACGAAACCUUUGACGAUCUGGACAAGCUGAUCCUGAACCAGAACGUGAACGUUCCUCCAUCCGAGUACCAGUUGGACGACUUGGAACCGUACAACCACUACGCCGCCAGAGUGGCGUGUCACAGCAGCCAGGGGCCCUCCAAAUGGACAUCCUGGAUGGGAAUGCGCACAGCAGAAGGAGUUCCCGACAACCCGCCUGGCAACGUGACGGCGGUGGCGAACGACACCGGCGUGCUUCUAUCCUGGGACGAACCACCGGGGAAGUUAAACGGGGACCUCCAUGGCUACUUGGUGGAGUUGAGUACUCCGUCAAUGAAGGAGUUUGUAGCUGAUGCCGGAUUGGACUUGGAGCUGUUAGUGAACUUGACCCUCCCGCUAACAAACGUGACCUUCAGGGUCUGUGCGUACACGGGGGCAGGGCUUGGGCCCUGGAGCCCCACGCAGACUCUGAUGCUGGUUUCUCCAGAAUUUCGAGGUCUAUCGUCUCUGCCGGCUUUUUCGUGGCACUGGUGGUACGUGGUGAUGGCCAUGACGGGCGCCGUGGCCCUUGGCGCACUCAUGGCUGUCUACGUAGCCAAACUGCGGCGCAAGGAGACGCGAUUCGGAGACGCGUUUGAGCCCAUGAUGCAGAGUGGGGAGCUGGUGGUCCGCUACCGGGCGCGACGCUCAUAUAGCCGCCGUACCACCGAGGCCACGCUGAACAGCCUAGGCAUCAGUGACGAGUUGAGGUUGAAGCUCCAAGAUGUAAUGGUGGACAGACACAAGUUGACGUUGGGGAAGACGCUCGGUGAAGGUGAAUUCGGAUCUGUGAUGGAAGGUCAGCUCACGCAAGAGGACUCUGUUCUACGUGUCGCGGUCAAGACCAUGAAAAUCGCCAUUUGCACGCGCUCCGAAAUGGAGGACUUCCUUCGUGAAGCAACCUGCAUGAAAGAGUUCGACCACGCUAACGUCAUGAGACUUCUCGGUGUGUGUCUACAAACGGUAGAAAGCGAAGGUUUCCCGUCGCCCGUGGUCAUCCUUCCCUACAUGAAACACGGAGACCUCCAUACUUAUCUGCUCUACUCGCGGCUAGGAGAUUGUCCAGUCUAUUUGCCGUCGCAGAUGUUGGUGCGCUUCAUGACCGACAUCGCCCGCGGGAUGGAAUACCUCAGCAACAAGAACUUUAUCCACAGGGAUCUCGCCGCUCGCAACUGCAUGCUGAACGAGAACAUGAACGUGUGCGUGGCCGACUUCGGACUCUCCAAGAAGAUCUACAACGGCGACUACUACCGGCAGGGACGCAUCUCCAAGAUGCCGGUGAAGUGGAUCGCCAUCGAGAGUUUGGCCGACCGAGUUUACACCACCAAGAGCGACGUGUGGUCAUUCGGGGUCACCAUGUGGGAGAUCGCCACCAGGGGCCAGACGCCGUACCCCGGCGUGGAGAAUAGCGAGAUCUACGAUUAUCUAAGGCAGGGAAAUCGUCUUAAGCAGCCACCAGACUGCCUGGAUAACAUCUACGCUCUGAUGUUCUCCUGCUGGCUCCUGAGCCCCAAAGACCGCCCGUCCUUCGAGUCUCUUCGCUGCGAGCUGGAAAAAGCCUUAGACGAGCUUCCGGACCCCCAAGACCCGGAUGAGAUUCUUUACGUCAAUAUGGACGAGUCUUCCUCGGAAGCCGGCGCUGUAGGCGGCUGCGACCCCAUGGGGAGCUCCUCCCCUCUAGACCUCAAGUGCCUGGAAAUGACCACGGCCGAGGUGCACCGCCCCAACCGCUACGUCUUGUGCCCGCAGCACGAAAGCGGACGGGUGGUGGCGGACUCCGUGGAGAGUCUGGACGCGUUGGCAGUAUCGUCUGCCGAAACGCUGUCGCUGCGCUGCUCGCGAUACUCUGCACACAAUGGCGAGCGGGCAGCCACGCCUGACGUGGAGUUGCUGGAUGAACGCGAAGUCGGCCACAAGGUGCCGUGGCAGUGAGGCAGGGAAUCAAACCUUUUGCACACACUCACCUAAAGACUUUCCUGGAUAUACUCCAAAGUGUUUUUCAAGUUUACAGAUGUGUAUUGCUGACAAAUGAAGAAAUAAUUAUUCCAGAUCACGGAAACGCAUUUAGUUCCAUUGACGAAGCUAGACGUCCAAUCCCAUUUUGACAGGGACGGCUGGCAGCAAUCACUAGUAAUAAUUAGGGUUGUUCCAAUCAUGUUUUUUGUUCCUGAUCCGAUCCCGAUCGUUUUAGUUUGAGUAUCUGCCGAUCCCGAUAUUUCCCGAUCCGAUUGCUUUUUUUUUUGCUCCCGAUUCAAUUCCAAUCAUUCCCGAUAAUUUUUCCCGAUCAUAUACAUUUUGGCAAUGCAUUAAGAAAAAAAUGAAUAAAACUUGGACGAAUAUAUACAUUCAACAUACAGUACAUAAGUAUUUGUUUACUAUGACUAUAAAUCCUCAAGAUGGCAUUUACAUUAUUAACAUUCUUUCUGUGAGAGGCAUCCACGGAUAGAAAGACUUGUGACUUUGUAUAUUAUGACUAAAUAUUGCCAUCUAGUGUAUUUGUUGAGCUUUCAGUAAAUGAUACUGAAGGCCAUGCCCAAAUGCAUGAUGGGAAGUGGAACCAUGACAAGUGGAAACAUGACUGUGCGUAGUGCUAACAAUUCUUAAAUCUUUGCGAUGGGAUACAACAUAAGGUGUUAAGAAAAAGAUCAAUUGCUACCUUGCUUCCCAUGAUAUUUCUAAUCGUAGGGAGAGGGAUUGUAAGGCUUUAGCCAAUUAAAAUAAGGCUCCAAAGGCUGCCAAAAUUCACUCUACUCAUUUUACGCUGUCUUUAAGUUCUCUAUAUAGGCAAAACGGCACCAAUACAAAUGGAGCGCGAUAAUUCGUGAGUGGGUCGUGUAGCACAGGCAUUAGUUGCGUUAAAUAUUUUAACAUGAUACAUUUAUAAAAAAAAUUGAUUACUGCCGUGAUUGGGAUAAAUUAGAUAACCCUACCUUAAGCCUAAACUAAAGACUCGGAAAAGUGUAACAUAUUAUGUCUGUAACGUUAAAUACAAUUAGAAAAUGAUUUAAUUAAAAAAAUAUAUAUAUAUAUAUUAAAGAAAGGCAUGGCCGAUAUUUUUUUGCCGAUUCCGAUACUUUGAAAAUGACGUGAUCGGACAUCUCUAGUAAUAAUGUUAAAAUAAGUUGACCUUCAAACUUUCGUCAAAGGAAAAUGAAGUGAUUCAAUGUUAAUUUUUUUUAACGUGACGUUAUUUACAUUAAAUUAUCAAGUUCGUCAAAACAAUUUUGGAGUUUAGAGCUUGACAUUAGUCAUUACGUUAAAAUGUGUUUGACUUUUGCAUUUGUCCAAUCAAAGGCUAGCUUCAGACCGCAGGUAUUAAUGCACAAAUCCGAUUUUUUUCAUGUUUUCCGACUCGAGUGAGGCAUUAACUUGAAGGUCUGAACGGGACAGGUGGCAUAGAAGUGGACUAUUUCAAAUCUGAUCUGAGUCACUUUCGUGGCUUAAAUUCGAUCUUGGCCACAUUUUUCCAGAAUGUGGCAGCGGUCUGAACCGUCAAGUCUCCCAAAUCGGAAUUCAUGCAGCAAUUACGUCAGCAAAGAGCAAGAGCGGUAGGCAGGACGGCAGCGAUGUAGCUGUUCAUUAACGUUAGUGCCUAGCUUGAACUCAGCUUUUCGCAGGUGGGCUCGACCACGGUCAUAAAAAAAAAAAUUAAGAAAACGAUAAGCCUCAUAAUGGCCGAGUCGGGGCAAACUGACUCACACACUUAUGUGUGUGCGUGGCUGCAUAUUUAAACUUGGAAUAUAAGACUAAACAGGAUUAUUCAUGUCUGUUAUUUGUGUCCUCUUUUUGGAAAUCAAAAUAUGAUUACUCUGGAAUGACAUACAGCUAGCAUGUGUAAUUUGUUUUGAUGCUUCUGCGCAUGCAGGUCUCUUUGCUGAGCGCAUCUCGGACUGCGGAUUAGUGCGCAAGCGUGAUACUUGAACAGUCACAAUGGAAAAAGGCAGUCUGAACGGGCAUGCCAAAAAAACAGAUAUGGCAAAAAAAUCGUAUUUGUGCAAUAAGACCUGUAGUAUGAGCCUAGCCUAAAUUAAUUGGGCGUCAAGCACCAUCAAUGCAGCCUUAAUGUUAACUGAGACACUAUGAUGGUGGAAGGUUUUGGUAGCAACUUGUUGUUUCCUUUUUAUUUUUUUCGACAUUGACACCUUUUUAAAACGAUAUCUCGAUUCUUGGCAGGAGCAUAUCGAUAACCUUUUGGGAUACAAAGUCAAAGAAAUCACCAUUUCGAUAUUUUGCCACAUCCCUAGUAUGAACCUAGCCAAAAUGAUUCCAGUUUCAAUUUUAACUGACCUAAGUUUGUCUUCCUUACUCAUCCGUCCAAAACGAAAGUUUCAUUUUCCCUUUUUUACCAUGACGCAACUUAUUGCGUUACAACAACAUGAAAUGACUCCAUUUUAUAUUUUUUGAAGUUACGUAAAUUAGUACUUGGAACUAAGUUUGACUUUCGCAUUUGUCGAAACAAAGUGUUACCGUUUCCAAAUUUUUUAAAUCUGACGUAAGUCACGCAGUGAAAUGUCCAAAGUCGGUCUUUCACAUUAAUCUAAACAAGACGAAGCCAUUUCAUUUUCCCUUUUAUCAUAACGUAUGUUAGUAUGUGAAAAUAUGUUCUACUUUCGCAUUAACAUAACAAAGCAAUUUAAUUGACUCUUUUUUUAACGUGAUGUACGUUAUAGAGAGACCAAUUACUGGCCGGGCCGUUUAUCGGCGCAGAUAUUUGGAAGUUUGACGUAUAUCGAUAGCUGCCUUUUUUUUUUUCAUCCGACUGGCCGAUAUGAAAAAAUCAAUUUAAAAUUGGUUAUUUUGGCUCAAAUGCAGCCGCGCCUCUCUUCUGCGCUAGUAUUCACACCGCCCUCUGAUUGGUGAAUGGUAAUGAAGUCACACUUAUAUUACGCCUUUCCAUCUUUUUAAGGCCCUCAAAGCGCUUCACACAAUAUCCUCACCUACCUAGUGGUCACGCAGCACCAGGAGCAAUGUGGGGUUUAGUAUCUUGCUCAAGGGAACUUAGACAAGAUCAUCAGGGCGUAGAAUCGAACCCCCAGCCUCUGGGUUGGAGAACAAUUACUCUACCACUGAACCAAGGCAUACCCUAUUAUUAGCUAUUAUUUUCUAUUUGUGUGAUUCAAUAAACAUGCGUUAGCUAUUUCAAUGAAGUUCAGUGUUUGCAUUAUUCAAUUUUUUUGCGCCGAUUUUUACACUAAAUACCUUUACAAAUGAAUAUCGGCUCCAAAAAUCGGUUAUCGGCCCCUCUAACUACUAAUAAUCGAUCGGUACCGGUCCUGAAAAACCCAUAUCAAUCGAUCUCUAGUAUGUUACCACAUUAACUUGUCGGACGUUUGCUUAAACGAAACAAUUCCGUUUUCAAUUAUUGUUUUGACGAAUGCCGAAGUAUAGAAGUUGACUUAACGUAUUUAAAUGUUAGACCAAUCAGGUGAAGCUUAUCUUACCCUAUCAAUUUGGCACAUAUCAUUUUAAUGUGAAACCCAUGUUCAAAUGUGAACUAUUUUACGACAUGCCUCAUGUUUAACAUAGAAUUCAAACUUAUAAAAUUUAGCAUAAAAACGCACAAAGUUAACCAUUGUUGUUUUUGUCAGCGAUGACGAUAACGAAAAUAUUUCGUUGACGAACAUUUUUUUUCAUGACAAGAUAAAAACAUUGCUUGGGAGACACAAACAAGACAAAAUGCCAGUUUUCGUCUGAUGAGACAAUGACGAGAUAAAAAUGCGACAUAAUUUCUGUCAUAUUUUCACAGUACGUGACAUUUUCAUAUUCUACGUUGGUCGUGUCAGUCGUGAGAGGUGCUGUCUCCGCUCUUCCUCACAGGUGUUACGAUGUGGUUCAUGCAUGGUAAGAUUUAUCUUAUCUUGGCAAGAGAGAAUAUGCAUUUUUGCUUCAUACAUUAAAUGUAAAUUACACUGUUAGCAUAGCAUUAGUGUUAGCUUUAACAUUUAGUGCGGUGAGCGUCGUCUUAAACUCUUGGCCAAAGUUUUUUGACAUACACUUCCUGGCGAGAGUUUACGAUGACACUCGCCUUGCUAAAAGCUAGUAAAGACGCGAAUGCUAGGCUAAUGCGCCGAGCCACCUAGCCAAGCAUCAUCGCGUUUGCAACAGCGUCACCACCCCCUUCCUUCCCCCUCCCCCUCUGAUCUCUCCCAGGCAGCUAUGAAAAAAAUCAGACAACUUGGACUCAUUCAACCAAAUUUUAGUUAAACGCCCUUUCACAUCCUCAGUAACGCCGUUGCAAAGAUGGGAAAAGAAUUGAUUAGAUUACUCUCUACUUAAAAAAUAAUGCCAUUAGAAACACUGUUCCUCUCUAACACCCUUAUUAACAACACUAAUACGAGAAAGCAUUUUCUUCCAAAAAAGACAAAAAUUCAAAGGCCUGACAAAAACAACACUGAAAUCAACCAUACCAAACGUAACGUGUAUCACGUUCAAAUGCGAAAAUAAUCAUGUUUUAACGUAAAAUGAAAUCAUGUUAAAAAUGAAUGCCUAUGACAUCCCAUUUUAACAUGAAAAUUAUGUUUAAAAGUUCAACAUUGCACUUUUUUUUUUUUUUUUUAACCUGUCCUGUUUGACACGGAGAAUGUAAGUCUGAGUGCCCGGUUGGUCUGAACAGUUUUAAUGUUACACAUUGAGAGUAUGACAUACUCCCAUUGUGAUCAUUCACAUACCUCGUUUAUUAUGACAAAACAGUGAACAGGAAGGGGUUAUGGGGGAACAGAAGAAAAGAAACACAAGAGAAGAAAGAAAAGAAACACAAACAACAACAUGAAAUACAUUGAACGUCUACACCAGGGGUGUCCAAACAUUUUGCGAAGGGGGCCAGAUUUGUUGUGGUAAAAAUGUGGGGGGCCGACUUUGGCUGACGUCCUUCCUUUGCGUAGAACAAUAUAUUUAAGCAAAUUUUAGCAAGCCAUUCUGUGUGUCAGAUUUGCUUCAUUUUUUUUUUUUUUUUAUUGAUAAUUUAGCUGGCAACCAGUUCAGGGUGUCCCCUGCCUACUGCCUGUAGUUAGCUGGGAUAGGCUUCAGCACCUCCGCGACCCUCGUGAGGAAAAUGGAAAAUGAAUGAAUGAAUGAAUUUCAACAAUCUUGCAACUAGCCUUUGUGGCAUUCUCUUUCGACUCAGGAUCUUGCGAAAUACCACUGCUGUGAAAUUAAACUAGCUUCAAGUUGCUUCAAUUUCUCGCUGCGUUUCUUCCCUAUAAUCUUGUCGUACAUGUCAGCGUGUCUUGUCUGGUAAUAUAGCCUCACAUUGAACUCUUUAAAAACAGCGACUGUCUCUUUGUAAAUGAGGCAGACACAGUUGUUGCUUAUUUUAUAGGGCUGUCAAACGAUUAAAAUUUUUAAUCGAGUUAAUUACAGCUUAAAAAUUAAUCGUAAUUAAUCGCAGUUCAAACCAUCAAUAAAAUAUGCCAUAUUUUUCUGUAAAUUAUAUAUAUAUGUUCUGUAAAAUGUUGGAAUGGAAAGAUAAGACACAAGAUGGAUAUAUACAUUCAACAUACGGUACAUAAGGACUGUAGUGGGCAUUUCACUCUACUGUCAUUUAAAUCUGUCUAUGCUGUCCUCACUCCGAAGCGUCUACUUUUUCCAAAGCUAGACAGCUAGUGAACGACGCCUUAAUAAUCAGACUUCUUCCUUUUUCAUCUGAUUUAUUAAUAAAAUGGCCUCAAACCAUUGUCCUCUUUAGACCGUCGUAAAACUACAAAAAAAAAGUACACAAGCAUUGCAUUAGCAAGAACGUUAGCUUAGCACGCUAUACAGGUUCACUAAACAUAAACAAAAAGCGUCUCAUACAAAAAAUAUAACAGUUCGCUUACUAACAUAAUAUGUACAUUCUUUACAACAACCAUACUUACGGACAAAUCUUGUCCAAGGAUCAUAUAAGCACAACAUUACAACAUAGGCGUCAGCCCGAGAUAUCGUGCAGCCAUAUUGAACUGGCAAGAAAAAAUAAACCAUGUCGCAAAGCGACCACAAGAGUUCGCUGUUAGACGGCACAAAAAGCCUUGCUGUAAAACCUACCAAAAGGCAGAAUACUGUCUGAGCGGGACAUGUGCGUUAAUUGCGUCAAAUAUUUUAACGUGAUUAAUUUUAAAAAUUAAUUACCGCGUGUUAACGCGAUAAUUUUGACAGCCGUUAUUUUAGUUAAGAAAUAGUCCAAUUUCCACCUAUCCUUGAGGCGUCGGCCGUCGCAGUUAACUUUUUUUUUUUGUUGAUUGUCGGCACUUUAGAAAAUUGGAAGUAAAGGGCCACACGGGGUAAUGUUGCUUAGAGUGCUGCUGCCUUUUAGUGGGUAAAUGAGGAGCAGCAUUUAGUGCGUAAGCUACUUCAUAUGCUUGUAGCAGUACUGCUGACCAAUUCAUUAAGUCUAUGUGCGGGCCAGACGUUAUUGAUUUUCUGGCAGAGGCUGGGGGCCGGAUGAAAUUUGACCACGGGCUGCAUUUGGCCCCCAAGCCGGACUUUGGACAUGUCUGGGGUAGAGUGUACACAAAUCAGCUCUGAUAUCUAGAACCCAGUAAUCGUGUGAAUCCCUCGUGAUUGUAAGCCUGUUGGCGACCGACCCUACGCCACAUCCCCUGCCAAUCCCAGCACCGGGACCCCCACCCGGGCGCGCCACAUCACAUCCAGCCGCACACGAGCCCCAUCAAGCGCGCGACAGCCACGCAGACGAGCGUCAACAUUUCACAUUUUAGCGUAAAAUUAUAAUACAUUAAAUAGUUUGAAACAUGUUUUCUGAGCAAAAUGUUCUCACAUUAAACUUCAACAUGAAAAUUAUGUUAAAAUGUGAAAAUUAUCAGCAAUACACAUCUGUUAAAAAAAAAAAAAACAUUUUGUGGCACUGCUUUGACAGCGUUUGAUAUCCAGUCCAUUUUGACUGGGGAUCGCACUGCCGACCCUCUCAGUCAAAAUGGAUUGGAUGUCUAGCAUAGCAGUGAAACAGUUGGAAUGGAUUUAAUGCCUAUCAAUAGCAAUGAAUGAGUUGUUUUAAAAUUCAAUAUCCCACAAAAAUACUUCCAAUAUUUUGUAAUAAGGGCUUUGAAUACACACACAUAUGUACACCGUCCACCAAAAAGCAGCAGUCUCCACAAAUGUACACUUUUUGUUGUUGUUGUUUGUUAUCAAAAGUAAUAGGUCAAAAAUUGUGGAGUUCAUGUUUUUCAUUGGACAAACAAAAAUAGUCUUUCCCUCCCGUUAUUUUAAUUCCCUCCCUGGAAAAUUCCAAACAUGAAAAGCGCCUCGUUGUACGGCAACUCCUUCCAGCCAGGAAACUGAGGGUACAAAAAAUGUGGAAAGAACACUGCUACAAGCAAACACAGUCCAAAUAUUCCAAGAAGGACUUAAAAAGAAACAAAGCACAUUGACUUUCUUUUGUACGCUGAUUUUUUUUCUACUUUUCAAACUUUUGCACUAAUGUCUUUUUUAUAUAAACAUGUACAUUUGUCUAUUUUGUGUAUACUUUUUCUUUUUUUUUCCUCCAUAUGAUGGACGAAACAUUUCUGUUGAUUUUUUUGUUUGUUUGUUUGUUUGGUUUUAAAACACUUCAGAAUUUCAAGACAGCUGAAAAAACUUCACUGCCAUCACCAACGCACUUAUUUUUUUUACAUUGUUUGGUGUUCUGUAUGCUGUAUUUUCCGGACUAUAAGUCGCAUGUUUUUCAUAGUUUGGCUAGCCUGCGUCUUAUACACAAGUGUGACUUAUGGGGUUUUUUUUCCCGCUCUGACCGCCGAUAGCCUGUUGUGUUUUUAUGCUGCGUUCAGACCGUCAGCGUAUUUGUAACGCGAUGAGUUCCCAUUCAAAGUCCAAACAGAGAAAGAAAUAUAUUAGAACUAAAGGUAUCCGCGGGAAGUGUGGUGCUGAGGGUGCUGCAGCAACCCCUGGUAUUCAGGAGAAAAGUGUUUUGGUACAUUCUUUUGCUGUUGUUGUUUUUGAAAAUAAAUACCAUAAUUUCCCAAAUAUAACGCACCCCCCCAAAAUCAACUUGUAAAAUCAUGGUGCGCAUUAUAAACUGGUACAUGGAUGGAGACAGAAAUAUAUAUAUAUAUUAUAUACAGUGCCCUCCAUAAUUCUUGGCACCCCUGAAAAAGAUGUGUUUUUAACUUCUAAUAUAUAUAUAUUUUUUAUUCAAAUAAUAUGGGACCUUAAUGGGGAAAAAAAAAGAAAAAUCCAACCUUCAAUACAAGUGCAUUCCUUCAGUGGGGAAAAAAAAUCCCUCAUAAAGAAAUAAUUAUUUGACAUCAAAUAAUGUGUGUCACAAUUAUUAGCACCCCUGGCGUUAAUACUUUGUACAACCCCCUUUUGCCAACAAAACAAGGUCUGGGGACUGAGAUGGCCAUGGGAGGAGCUUGAUUUUGUGUCUGGUGAACCAUUUCUGUGUACAUUUGGCAAUAUGUUUAGGGUCAUUGUCUUGCUGAAAGACCCAGUGACGACCCAUCUUCAGCUUUCGGGCAGAGGGCAACAGAUUUUGAUUUAAAAUGUCCUGGUAUUUCAAAGCGUUCAUGAUGCCAUGCACCCUAACAAGGUUCCCAGGGCCUUUGGAAGCGAAACAGCCCCACAGCAUCACUGACACCCCCCCAUACUUCACAGUGGGUAUGAGGUGCUUUUCAGCAUGCGCAUCUUUCGUGGCACGGCAGAUCCACUUAGAGUGUUUGUUGCCAAAAAGCUCAAUCUUGGUCUCAUCUGACCAAAGCACACCGUCCCAGUUGAAACCUGGGACCGUGUUUAUUUUUAUAAUUUUUUUCAUUAUGUGGGAUUUUUUCCCCACUGAAUGAAUGCACUUGUAUUGAAGGUUGGAUUUUUCUCUUCUUUUCCAUUAAGGUCCCAUAUUAUUUGAAUUUUAAAAAAUUAUUAGAAGCUUUUUUAUUGACACGGCCACGUUGUGUUGAAGAAACGUAUGUGGCGAUCCGUUGCCGACCAUUACGGUACGUGACGACACCAUUUUGUUUCGGUAAUACAUCACUCUGAUCAGCUGAAUGAUUUGGUCUGUGUUAAAUUCUGCUUUUUUCACUCUUCGUAAAGCACAGAAUUUAGUUUCUUGAACUCAUUUGAGUCAACGUUCAUUGCAGCUCUGCAACUCGGACCAUAACAAACGUAACAACAGACUUCCUGUGUGUGUCUGUCAACUAUAUCUGUCCCUCGGGAAACUCAAAUCCAAAUAACAAUAGUUCCUAUUGUUACUGUCGUGUCGACAGCGAUGAGCGCUCUCGGAUUUCCGACUUACGUUCUCACUUUCAUUUUACCGUAUCAAUCCAUGGAAGAAACAUUUAUUCAUCAUGAUGAAACGAGCAAGUUAUACAGCAGCCUUUAAAAGAAAAGUCACAUCUGUUUUGUUUUCUCCUAGAUUCUGGUAAGUUGGAGAAGUUGUCAAAUCAUAUUAUUACCGUAAAUAUUGUCAGUUUAUGGUAAUGUUUUGAACUACCAAAAUGCUAUGCUUGUGCUGUGUUUCACCAUUCAGUAAAAUGACAUUUCUGUAUCUGUACACGAGCUCUGUUUUCUUGUAUUCUUCUAUUCAUUGGUGCUAAAAUUAGGGUGCACGUUAUAAACGGGUACAAUAAAUUUCCCUAGAUUAUACAAGUAGAUUCUGGGUGCGCAUUAUUCACGGGUGUGCCUUAUAUUCGGGAAAUUACGGUAAAACGUAUUGAAACAGUAGGGUGUUUAACUGGGGAAUAAAUUAGGGCUGCAGCUAUUGAUUAUUUUAGUCGAUUAAUCGAUGAAAUGGUUAAUUCAAUUAAUCGAAUAAUCGGAUAAGGAACAAAAAAAAUUAAAAACCCUGAGCUGAGCCUCAAAUGGUAUACAAAAAAUAAAUAAAUGAAUGAGGAUCUAAGUACAACAAAAGAACAAUUGGCUGACUUACAUAGCAUAAGUCUGCCAGCUUAAUUGCUAUAAAAUGCUUCUUUUUUGAUGAUGAUGAAACUUUUUUAUUUCGAGCAUGCACACACAAAAGAAACUUUUUUUUUCACAAUGCUCUUAACAAAUGGUUCAAACACAUUCCCACAGAAAAAAACGGCUAAAUAUGCCAAUAAACUAAACUACAAAUGCAUUUUAAAAAAAACAUGCUCAAACAAAAACCCAUCUUAUGUUGGUCUUAACAGGGAACAGCUGGC